CACAGUCAUCGUCUCAGAUGAGAAACUUCUAUGAUCUGAUAAGAUGGUCGAAGGCAGUUUGAAGAGUGUAGAUCCUUUGGCAUACUAUGUGAACAAUGUGGCAGACUUUGACAAAGAAAUUGUACGCGCUUGUAAGCAAGACGACGCUGCCGCAAUUAAACGUCUAGCAUCACGAGGAAAUUCUGAGUUUGAUAUCUUUAUAUGUAUUUCCCAGAACUGGCAUGGCUUCGUUUUAUGUGUGCCAGCUGGCCUUGAUUCUUCGUUUAAAGAUAUGAUAACAGACGUUAUUAAAACACCUUUUGAUGUCCCCGAAUUAGUAUUGUGCCAUACUUUUGAGUUGUGUUACGAUGACGAGCGCUUGAGAACCUAUAAAAUUCGGAAGCGUUUCUCUUUAUUCCGUGAUAUCCAAGAGAAAAUAAAACGCACUUUCUUUAUUGGCCAUUACAAAGAAAUAAGUCCAAGUGGUUUCCAAAUUUGUGCCAUACGCGCUGCUCCACAUCGCUAUGCCCUCUUAUUAGAAGAUUGCGUCGAAUUUUCCAAGGAAUUUUGUAUUCAGGCUUUGAGGUUCUGUUCGAAUGGCCGCGAAAUUGAAGAUGAAGUUAAAAGGAAUAUGAAGGAUGCCACAGCGACUGGGUUCAGUUUUGAACACUUGUCUCGCAAUAUUAAAAGUUCUGCUUGGUUCGGGAACUUGCUGAUAAACGGAACGGAUAUCUCUACUAUGAUUUCAAGUCGAAACCCUACUGUUUUAAAUUCCAUAUUUCUUUUCUUUUUAAUAAUUUAUCCUAUUAUUGUGGUGUUUGUCUAUCAUCGCUGCAUUCACCCUUUGAUCUGACUGAAAGUGCGUAUCUCGUAAAGAUAAGAAUGACCUGUUGAAUCAAUUAUUGUUAGUUACCGUAAAGAUGGUAGCGUUCUGUACUUGAAAUUUAACGCAGUGAGUUGUAAACGUAACUCACUAUAAAUUGUUCAAAGACUGGGGCUCCGCUCGCAGAACAAUUUAUUUCUGUCGUACAUACUUAUUUUUAUCGUAUAAAUUAAGAUAAUACUCAUUUUCAUUCAUAUCCUCUUUAUAAUUGGGAGUCCAACUUAGUACAAUCUUAGCACAGUUGUAUUACUUGUAUACAUAUAUUUAUACUAUACAAAUGAAAUGGAAAUGCA